AAGCCUUAGUCAUAAAACUGCCUGCUCCUGAUUUCACUGCGUUGCUCCUGUGCUGAGAGGGGAAAAUGCAGACUCUGUUGCUGGGUAUUUUUCUGUUUUUGUAUAGUGCUACAGCCUGGGCAAAGGAGAAGCAUUAUUACAUUGGAAUUGUGGAAACAACUUGGAAUUAUGCCCCUGACAAUGGAGAAAAGAAACUUAUUUCGGUUGACACGGAAGAUUCCAACAUCUACCUUCAAGAUGGCCCUGAUAGAAUUGGGAGGACAUACAUGAAGGCCCUUUAUCUUCAGUACACAGAUGGGACCUUCGGGACGGUGAUAGAGAAACCCGCGUGGCUGGGGUUUUUGGGCCCUGUUAUCAAAGCAGAAACCGGAGACACGGUUUAUGUUCACUUAAAAAACUUUGCCUCCAGGCCCUACACUUUCCACUCACACGGGAUAACUUACUACAAGGAACAUGAGGGGGCCAUCUACCCUGAUAACACCACAGAUCUCCACAAAGCAGAUGACAAAGUGAACCCAGGCGAGCAGUACACGUACAUACUGCACGCGACCGAAGGACAGAGUCCUGCUGAGGAGGACAGCAACUGUGUGACCAGAAUCUACCACUCCCACAUUGAUGCUCCAAGAGACAUUGCCUCGGGACUCAUCGGACCUUUAAUAUUCUGCAAAAAAGAUUCUCUGGAUGAAAAAGACAAAGAAAAAGAUAUCGACCAAGAAUUUGUGGUGAUGUUUUCGGUGGUGGAUGAAAAUUUCAGCUGGUACUUAGAUGACAACAUUAACUCCUACUGCUUCGAACCAGAGAAAGUUGACAAGGAGAACGAGGACUUCCAGGAGAGUAACCGAAUGUAUUCUGUAAACGGAUAUGCGUUUGGAAGCCUCCCAGGACUCUCUAUGUGUGCAGAGGACAGAGUGAAAUGGUACCUUUUUGGUAUGGGGAAUGAAGUUGAUGUGCACGCAGCCUACUUCCAUGGCCAAACGUUGACUCACAAGAACUACCGUGUUGAUACCAUCAACCUCUUCCCCGCUACCCUUGUUGACGCUCUCAUGGUGGCCCAGAACCCUGGAGAAUGGCUGGUUAGCUGUCAGAAUCUAAACCAUCUGAAAGCUGGUCUGCAGGCCUUUUUCCAGGUGCAAGACUGUAGCAAGAGCGUGGCAAAGGACAGAGCCCAGGGGGAGCAUGUCAGACACUACUACAUUGCUGCUGAGGAAGUCAUCUGGAACUACGCACCCUCCGGCCUAGACACCUUCACCAAGGAAAACUUAACAGCACCUGGAAGUGCCUCGCAGGUGUUUUUCGAACACGGUCCCACAAGAAUUGGAGGCUCUUACAAGAAGCUGGUUUAUCGUGAAUACACUGACGCCUCCUUCACACAUCGGAAGGAGAGAGGCCCCGAGGAGGAACAUCUUGGCAUCCUGGGUCCUGUCAUUUGGGCCGAGGUGGGAGACACCGUCAGAGUCACCUUCCGUAACAAAGGAGCGUAUCCCCUCAGCAUCGAGCCAGUCGGGGUGAGCGUCAGCAAGAGCAACGAGGGCGCACACUACGCCUCCCGCUCCAGCCCCCCGAGGGCAAGUGUGCCUCCUCCUUCCGCCUCCCAUGUGGCACCCGAGGAAACAUUCACCUAUGAGUGGACUGUCCCUGAAGGAGUGGGACCCACUUACAAAGACCCUGUGUGUCUGGCUAAGAUGUAUUAUUCUGCUGUGGACCCCACCAAAGAUAUAUUCACGGGGCUCAUUGGGCCAAUGAAAAUAUGCAGGAAAGGAAGUUUACUUGCAAAUGGGAGACAGAUGGGCGUCAGCAAGGAGUUCUAUUUGUUCCCCAUGGUGUUUGACGAGAACGAGAGUUUGCUCUUGGAUGAUAAUAUUAAGAUGUUUACAACUGCAUCCGAUCAGGUGAAUAAGGAAGAUGCAGACUUCCAGGAAUCUAACAAGAUGCACUCCAUGAAUGGAUUUAUGUACGGGAAUCAGCCUGGUCUCAGUAUGUGCAAAGGAGAAUUGGUCACGUGGUACUUAUUCAGUGCUGGCAAUGAGGCCGACGUCCACGGGAUUUACUUUUCAGGAAACACAUAUCUGUCAAGAGAAGAAAGGAGGGACACGGCAAACCUCUUCCCUCAAACAAGCCUCACACUCACCAUGCAGCCUGAUACUAAAGGGACGUUUAAUGUUGAGUGCCUCACAACUGAUCACUACACAGGAGGCAUGAAGCAAAAAUACACUGUGAACCAAUGCAGGAAGCUGUCUGAGAACCCAGACUUAUAUCUGGGGGAGAGGACCUACUACAUCGCUGCAGUGGAGGUGGAAUGGGAUUACUCCCCAAACAGGAAAUGGGAAAGGGAGCUGCAUCGUUUACAAGAGCUAAGUGACUUGAAUAAUGCGUUUUUAGAUAAGGGUGAGUUUUACAUCGGCUCCAAGUAUAAGAAAGUCGUGUACCGGCAAUACACUGAUGGCACCUUCCGAGUUCCAGUGGAGAGAACAGCUGAAGAAGAACAUCUGGGCAUUCUAGGCCCGCAGCUUCAUGCAGACGUUGGAGACAAAGUGACCAUCAUCUUUAAAAACAUGGCCACAAGGCCCUACUCCAUACACGCCCACGGGGUGAAAACGAAGAGUUCUACCGUCACUCCAACCUUCCCAGGUGAAACUCACACUUACCUGUGGAAAAUCCCAGAAAGAUCUGGAGCUGGAACAGAGGAUUCCGCUUGUAUCCCAUGGGCCUACUACUCAACUGUGGAUCAAGUUAAGGAUCUCUAUAGUGGAUUAAUUGGCCCACUGAUUGUUUGUCGGAAGCAUUACUUGAAAGUAUUCAAUCCCAUAAAGAAACUGGAAUUUUCCCUUCUGUUUUUAGUUUUUGAUGAGAAUGAAUCUUGGUACUUAGAUGACAACAUCAAAACAUACUCUGAUCACCCCGAGAAAGUAAACAAGGAGAGUGAUGACUUUAUAGAAAGCAAUAAAAUGCACGCCAUCAAUGGAAGAAUGUUUGGGAACCUGCAGGGCCUCACAAUGCACCAGGGAGAUGAAGUCAGCUGGUACCUGAUGGGCAUGGGCAACGAGAUAGACCUGCACUCGGUCCAUUUCCACGGCCACAGCUUCCGAUACAAGCACAGGGGCGUCUAUAGUUCUGACGUCUUUGACAUUUUCCCUGGGACAUACCAAACCCUGGAAAUGUCGCCAAGGAUACCUGGAGUCUGGUUGCUGCACUGCCAUGUGACUGACCACAUUCACGCCGGAAUGGAGACCACGUACACGGUCCUGCCAAAGGAAGCUUCUCAGGCUCAGAGGAGAACAUGGGACGUGAACUAUCUACUUACAGUCAGCAUGAUUAUCUUAUUCCGCAUCUCUACCAAGGAAUGGCUAGGAGAAUAAGGUCCUUCGAUGUUCUCAGCGGCGCAGUGUCAGGGGGCUGCCU